UUUAGUUUUGGAUAAAGCCCAGAUUUCAAGCUAGCCCAAAACCCAUUUUCAAUCGACUUUCUCUCUCCUCCCUCUCUACGAUUCGAGAAGCGGCAAUCUAUCCUGCUCUUUUCUGCAAUUUCGACUCACACACACUUCCAGAAUUCCCAGAAGAAAAAAAAAGCAACAAGAUUUCUUCAAUGCUUAAUUAAACCCCACAAAAUUAUUUAUAAAAUUACCCAAUUUCAAGCUCCAUUAAUGGCGUCCACUCCUUCUCCCUCCUCCACAAUUUCUCUCUCCUCAACAAAACUCCCAUUUCAACCCCAGAGCCACCCUUUUCGUCAGGGUUUGCCUUUUCUGACGACCGUUAAUGGGAGAAGACGAUGUUUGAAGUUGAAAUUCUCCACUGUAAGAGCCUCCGCUAGCAGUACUGGGCGCGGUUCUUCUCGUAGUCGUAGAGUAGUUUAUAGGGAGUCUCAGGGACAGAAUCCGUUACCCAUUGGCCAAUUUAAGGAGAUUGCAACGGCUCUUGUUCCUCCUGCUCUUUUCCUCGCCGUAUCUAUCGUUUUGUGGAAGGUCGUUGGUAAAAUCCUUUUGCCUAAGCCUCCGAAGGCUACAACUAGUACAUCAACAGAAAACAAACCUGCAUCCUCGGAGAUGAAGUGGUCAUUUGCUGCUGGGACAAACUUGUUAAAAAAUAUGAGUCAGAAGAUUGAGAGAGAUUCAAAGUUGAAGCUCAACGACUUUGCCAAAGAACUUAGGUCUUUCAAUAUAGUUGAUAUGUCAGGUCGUAGUUUUGGUGAUGAAGGUCUAUAUUUUCUUGCUGAAAGCUUGGCAUACAAUCAGGUUGCAGAAGAAGUAGAUUUUUCAGCUAACGGAAUAACAUCAGCUGGAGUAAAAGCCUUUGAUGGCAUUCUCCAGUCAAAUAUCUUCUUGAAAACAUUAAAUCUCUCCGGAAAUUCUAUUGGAGAUGAAGGAGCCAAGUGCUUAUGUGAGGUAUUGGUAAAUAAUAGUGGUGUUGAGAAGCUGCAAUUGAACAGUACUGGCAUGGGAGAUGAGGGUGCCAAAGCUGUCGCAGAAAUGCUGAAGAAAAAUACAACUUUGCGCAUUAUUGAGCUUAACAACAACAUGAUCGACUAUUCGGGUUUUGCAAGUAUUGCUGGGGCGCUAGUUGAGAACAACACCAUCCAAAGUUUACACCUGACUGGUAACUAUGGUGGGGCUUUGGGAGUUGCUGCUUUAGCUAAAGGUAUGGAGGCGAAUAAGUCCAUACGGGACCUUCACCUGCAUGGAAAUUCUAUGGGCAAUGAAGGAGUCCGUGCUUUGAUGUCAAGCUUGUCAGCACGUAAAGGGAAAAUGGUGCAGCUGGAUAUCAGCAACAAUGAAAUUGGUUCUAGAGGUGCUUUUCACAUAGCAGAAUAUGUAAAGAACACCAAGAGCUUGUUAUGGCUGAAUGUUUACAUGAACGACAUUGGGGAUGAGGGGGCAGAAAAAAUUGCUGAUGCACUUAAACAGAAUCGAUCAAUCACUACCAUAGACUUGGGAGGAAAUAACAUUCAUGCUAAAGGAAUAAGUUGCGUUGCUGAGGUCUUGAAAGAUAAUGAUGUCAUUACAACAUUGGAAGUUGGCUAUAAUCCAAUUGGACCUGACGGAGCAAAAGCCUUAGCUGACGUACUUAAAUUUAAUGGGAAAAUUAAGACACUUAAACUCGGCUGGUGUCAGAUUGGAGGAAAGGGUGCAGAGUACAUAGGCGAUAUGAUUAAGUAUAACACCACCAUAUCAACACUUGAUUUGAGAGCAAACGGAUUGAUGGAUGAAGGCGUAGUUUGUUUAGCACAGAGCUUGAAAGUGGUGAAUGAAGCCCUAACUUCAUUAGAUUUGGGAUUUAACGAAAUAAGAGAUUCUGGGGCAUAUGCAAUUUCACAAGCGCUGAAGGCUAACGAAGAUGUUGCCUUGACGUCUAUAAAUCUUACCAGCAACUUUAUUACAAAACUCGGACAGAGUGCUCUUAAUGAUGCGAGUGAUCACGUAUUAGAAAUGGUUGGACAGGAAGUUGCCAUAUACUUCUAGGUUACUUGUUGCAUAGAGAUGUAGUUUUAGUUGUCACGUAUUAGCAACAUCAAUUUUUCUCCUAAUAAGUUGUAGAUUCUUUACGUUUUAGAUUUGUUAUCCCUAACCAUUUUGGGGAUGAAAAUUUUGAGUUGAGGAAUUGUAAACAUUUAUGGAAUAUUGUACUUGCAUCAUGAUUGAAUUGAAGUGGCAAAUUGAUGGUUCACAUUAAA